AUGCAUAGAAUGACGCCAGCGACCCCGACUAAUCCUGCGGGCUCAGCCCGGACCGCACAAGAUGCCUGGAGGGACCUUGCUGAGCAAGCUGCUACAGGACGGAGUUGCUCACGAACUCCAACUCACAGUCUUCUACAUCCACCAUGUCUUGACACCACUCCUAGCAACACGGCUGUCCAGCGUGGUCGACGUACGAUCAACGUGGAUACGUACAAAGAUGAAAUUAUUGAACUCCUUGCGCGAAAGCUGAGUUUGCGACAGAUCAGCCGCGCUCUGAAACAAAAGCAUGAUGUCAACAUCUCGGGAAUCACAAUCCAGCGGCGUUUACAAAUAUGGGAAAUUCCCUGGCGACAACGUGCACCACAAGGAGUUUCCGAUAGGCCGGAUCUGAUUGCGCGUGUCAAAGUACUUCUCACUGAAUUUGAAGGGAAAUACUCUACAAAAGAGAUCCUAGACACGCUGUCUAAUGAAGGAUUCCCUAUAUCCGAUCGUACGCUGCGAAAAAUUCGCACUGGUCUCGGCAUUAGGCUUCGGGUUGAUGACCCUGAGAAGUUAGGCUCGGAAUUCACUACCCUGAAAACGAGACAUACACCACCCCAGAAGAUCAUCCGUCCAAUGAAAGAAGCGUAUCUAUCUCAAAUUCGUGACAUCAACACCCACUACAUCCUGCACACAUCGCUCACCUUUGCCCGCGCUCCUCCUCCAUUCAAUUCUUACGCCGCCAAGAUUUGUGAUUCUGCAAACCAAGGAUUGCCUUAUAUGGUCACCAUAGAUAUGACGCAGAAAACUCCCGAUGGCAAUGAUUUUGUUCUCGGCUAUGCCUACCUGUCUCCAUUCCGGGGACACCUUGUGUCUUACGCGCCGACUGUCGAACUGACUCUUUUUGUGCAUCCUGAUUAUCAAUAUCGCUCAAUUGGGUCGAAUUUACUCAAGUUCUUGCUAGAUCGUGUUAAGAAAGGAUCAGUGAAUCACAAGUGUGAGGAAGAACCGCACCAGGGUAUUGAUGCCCCUGCACGGGUUCGAAACGUUAUCGCUGUCAUGGCAGUGGAUCCGGAGGGCAAAGACGAAGGUGAAGCUCUGAGGCGUUGGUACAUCAAACGUGGCUUUGAGGAAUGUGGUCGAUUGAAAGAGGUGGGUUACAAAAGAGGACACUGGAUUGACACUGUUUACCUACAAUACUCUGUGCCUGAAGCAGACGCCUUACCUCAGGUUGAAACAGCCCCUUCAGAGACUGUCUAG